UAGAAUGUCCCUCCAGCAGUCCUCUAAAGAUUAACAAGAGAAGACCUAUAAGAAAUUGUACAUUCCAUCGUAUAUCCCAUUUGGUAAAGCGACCAUCUAAUGUGCAGGAUGCAUGUAGGCCUACAAAUCCUGCACACACAUCUGAGCCGGAAGUGUGGUGUUAACGUCAUGACGUCACGAGCGCGUACCGCGAAAAGAGUGGGGCUUGUAUUUGCAGAGGAGCUGCACAUGUCAACAUUGUUGGUUUCCCUUCAGUAAGCAGCAAACAUGUCAAAAAUAGACAAGAUGAGCAUCCUCGGGGUGCGGAGCUUUGGGAUAGAGGACAAAGACAAACAAGUCAUCUCUUUCUUUAGUCCUCUGACUGUGCUGGUCGGACCCAAUGGAGCAGGGAAAACGACAAUUAUUGAAUGUCUAAAAUAUGCAACAUCUGGUGAACUGCCUCCAGGGUCAAAAGGAGGUGCUUUCGUCCAUGAUCCAAAGGAUGCCCACGAAACGGAUGUGAGAGCUCAGAUUCGUCUUUUAUUCACCGAUGUCAACGGAGAGAAAGUGACCGUCCAUCGCUCCAUGUCCUGCACCCAGAAGGCCAAGAACUACUCAUUUAAAAGCUUAGAACAGGUCAUCACCCGAAUUAAGGAUGGAGAGAAGGUGAGCUUGUCGUCCAAAUGUGGUGAACUGGACAGAGAAAUGAUUUCGGCUCUGGGUGUGUCCAAGCCUGUGUUAAACCAUGUGAUCUUCUGCCAUCAAGAAGAGUCCAACUGGCCCCUGAGUGAGGGCAAAGCACUGAAGGACAAAUUUGAUUCCAUCUUUGCUGCAACCAAGUACAUAAAGGCUCUGGAAACCAUGCGUCAGCAACGUCUCAAACAAAGCCAGACGGUGAAGGAGUGCCAGGUGGAGCUGCGCUACCUGAAGCAGAACAAAGAGAAGGCUCAGCAGAUCCGCGAGACUGUGGCCACCAAGGAGGCCCAGCUCAUGGCCUCCAAAGACAGUGUGCAGAACAUAGAGAGCCAGAUCGACCCCCUGGAGAACCGCCUGAUGGAUAUCGACAUGAAGCUAGGCAAAGUGAUGAAGCUGGACAAUGACAUUAAGGCCUUGGAAAGCAGAAAGAGGCAGAUGGAGGAUGACAACAGAGAGCUGGAGGAGACCAUGGAGCAGGUUUUCCAAGGCUCAGAUGAGCAGCUGCAGGACCUGUACCAGAACCACCAGAAGACAGUGAAGGAGAAGGAGCGCAGGCUGACCGAGUGCCAGAGAGAUCUGGAGAGAGCAGGCCGCGAGUGUCAGAGGCUCAACCGGGUCAAAGCUGACCUGCUGGUGGAGCAAGGUCGUCUCCAGCUCGAGGCUGACCGUCAUUCUCAGAACAUAAAAAAUCGUGACUCCCAGGUUCGCUCUCUCUCCUCUUUUCUGGAACUGGAGGGAUACGACCGGACCCCGUUCACUAAACUACAGCUGGAGAGUUUCCAUCGUCAGGUUUCUCAGAGACUGGAGCAGGAGAAAGAGACACUUAGUAAAAGUCUGGCUGAUCUCCAGGAGAAGGCGCAUCAGAAGCAGCAUUCCAUCGAUGAAAUGCGUGAUAAAAAGGCAGGUCUGGAGAGGACCGUGGAGCUGAAGAGGGACCUGCAGACCAAGAAGCAGCAGGAGCUCAAGAACGUGAAGACCGAACUGCAGAGACUGGAGGGCUCAUCCAGUCGCCUGCAAGAGCUGGAGACCGAACUGGCCAAAGCCGAGCGUGAGUUACAGACCACCCUGCAGAACUCCAACGUGGACGAGUUGAAGGCAGAGGUUUUGGAUCUUCAGAGGGAAAAGGCGGAGCUGGACCGGACCCAGAGACAACUGGAUCAGGAGAUGGAGAUUCUGAACACUCAUACCACUGCACGCACUCAGAUGGACAUGCUCAAGAAGGACAAGACUGAUAAAGAGGAGCAGGUCAGAAAAAUCAAAUCUCGUCACAGUGAAGAUUUGGUGUCGCUGCUCGGACACUUCCCAAACAAGAGAGAGCUGGAGGACUGGAUCUACAGCAAGUCCAAGGAGAUCAACAGCACCAGGGACCGGCUGGCCAAACUCAAUAAGGACUUGGCAUCGAGUGAGCAGAACAAGAGCCACAUUGGGGCUGAGCUGCGUAAAAAGGAGCAGCAACUAACCAGUGACCAGGAGAAGUUUUUUGAAGUGUGUGGGAGUCAGGACCUGGAGUCUGACCUGAGCAAAGUUCAGGACGAUCUGGAGAAGAUCUCAAAACAAAGAGCCAUGUUAGCUGGAGCCACGGCAGUGUAUACCCAGUUCAUCAGUCAGCUCACAGAGGAGCGAGAGCCGUGCUGCCCUGUGUGCCAGCGCACCUUCCCCUCCGAGUCCGACCUCCAGGAAGUGAUCAGCGACAUGCAGUCCAAGCUCCGGCUGGUCCCCGACAAACUCAAAAACACAGAGCAGGAUCUGAAGAGGAAGGAGAGGAAGAAGGAGGAGAUGAUGUCUCUCAGACCUGUCAGGGAGUCAAUAGCUCGCCUGCAGGAGAAGGAGCUGCCGGAGCUGAGGAACAGGUUGCAGGCGGUGAACAGGGACAUCGAGCGGCUAAAGGGGGAAGUGGAGACUCAGGAGACACUGCUCGGGACUCUCAUGUCUGAGGAGGAGACCGCCAAAGUCUGUCUGCAGGACAUCUCCCUCAUGGACAGAUACCUGAUGGACCUCAAAGAAGUUGAGAGGAAAAUAGCGCAACAGGCAACUAAACUGCAGGGAGUGGACCUGACCAGGACCAUUCAACAAGUCAGUCAGGAGAAACAGGAGACGCAGCACAAACUAGACACCACCUCCAGUAAGAUGGAUCUGAAACGUAAACUGAUCCAGGACCAGCAGGAAGAGAUCCAGAGGCUGAAGAGCUCCGUGAAUGAGACCAGAGCCGAGAAGCUGCAGCUCAGCAGUGACAUGCAGAGGCAGCAGCAGCUAGAGGAGCAGUGUGUGGAGUUCACUGCUGACAUCAAGGCUCUCAGCAGAGACAUCACGGACGCCAAAGAGCAGCUGUCUCCUCUGUCGGCAGCACUGGACAAAUUGCAACAGGAGAAACAGGAGAUUUUGGAGCAUAACAGGCAGAAACAGGAGGAGGGCCAAGAGAAGUUAAAUGCCAUUAAAGAGAGAGUGAAAGUUGUCAACACAUUGGAGCGGGAGAUCAGCAAAUAUACAGAAGAGGGAAAAAAUGAAUACAAAGAGCAAAAAGAAUCAGAGCUUCAAGAAACCAGCCAACAGCUUCAUGAAGCAGACAAACAGAAAGAGAAAAUCAAUAAGGACAUUGGCAACAUCCGACAGGACAUAGAUACUCAAAAGGUGCAGGAGCGCUGGCUGCAGGACAACCUCACCCUGAGAAAGCGAGUUGAGGAGCUGAAGGAGGUUGAGGCCAAACGAGAGGUUCUGCUCAAAGACAUGGGCAACAUGCAGGUUCUGCAGCUCAGACAAGAGCGUCGUGAUCUAGAGCGAAAACUGGAGGACCUGAAGAAGAACCGCAGUAUUGCUCUGGGUCGUCAGAAAGGAUUUGAGGAGGAGAUACUACACUAUAGGAAAGAGCUGCGUGAGGACCAGUAUGACAAAGCUGAAGAGCGCUACAAAAACAAGAUGAUCGUGAUGAGGACCACUGAGCUUGUCAUCAAAGACCUGGACUUGUACUACAAGGCCCUCGACCAGACAAUCAUGAAGUUUCACAGCAUGAAGAUGGAUGAGAUCAAUAAGAUCAUCAGGGACCUGUGGCGCAGCACAUACAGGGGCCAAGACAUUGAAUAUGUGGAGAUCCGGUCUGAUGUGGAUGAGAACUCCUCUGCUGGAGUCAAGCGCAGAGUUUACAAUUACAGAGUAGUGAUGGUGAAAGGAGACACGGCUUUGGACAUGAGGGGGCGCUGCAGUGCUGGUCAGAAGGUGCUGGCGUCGCUGAUCAUCCGUCUGGCUCUGGCUGAGACCUUCUGCCUGAACUGUGGCAUUCUGGCCCUGGAUGAACCCACCACAAACCUGGAUCGAGAGAACAUAGAAUCCCUGGCCCACGCACUUGUCGAAAUCAUUAAGAGCCGGUCCCGUCAGCGAAACUUCCAGCUGCUCAUCAUCACUCACGAUGAGGACUUUGUGGAGCUGCUGGGGCGCUCCAGCUACAUAGAAAACUUUUACAGAAUCCGCAAAAACCAGGAUCCAAAACUCUGAGAUCACAAAGUGCAGCAUCUCUUCACUGUCCUCCUAUCUACACUGAACACACUGCACAGACAGCUUUUGAUUGUAGAUGAAGUAAUGGUGUAUUUACUCAUAGAAGCCAGACAUCUUUCAUUCUGGUUUAUUUCAUAUUAACAUUAGGAAACACGGUUAGUAUUUUCUCGGUCAUUAACAGGGAUGCAAAAAUGUAUGUGUUACCUUUAUGUUUGUUUCAAUGCAUUUCGACUCUAUUACUAUGCCAUUACUAUGUUAAGAUGCACUGUUAUGGAGAGGUAUGGUACUAGAUUUACAUUCUGAAUAGUCCCCAUACAUAAAAUAGGAUAUCAUUACAUUGAUCCACAAAACCCUCUAAUUUGUCUUAUACAUUUUACCCCUUUGUUUAUGGCGAUGAUCUCACUGUGCCUUUAAGAUAAAAAUAGAUAUAAAUAUGUAAUGAUUAAAUAUUAAGCAGCCUUACAGUGUCAAAAAGAAGAGCAAACAACUAUAUAUGAAGGAUUGAAUCAAUGUUAAAAUGACGAAGAUGCAAUUUAUAAUGGACAAAUAGUUUAAUGAGAAUGAUUCAGGCUUAACUACUGAAUUAAUACUGCUGUCUUAAACUCUUACCUAAGUAGUAAACUAUUUGUUCUUUGUGAAUUAAGUUUUUGUUAAUGCUUGAUUAAGACUACAUAAGAUCUAAAUAUUAUAAAGUGGUACCAAAGUGUUUUCUGUUUCUUAUUUUACAUUUGCAUUGUGCACAAUUGCUGUUAUGUUUAAUACUGCAAUAAAUGAGCUGUGGCUUAUUCACACAUCUCUUGCCAUCUUUAUUCAAACAUGUAUUUUACUUCGAGGGAGCUUGAUUCACAGAAGCAUAUCUCACGCUUGGUUUUGUGACCACAUUUUAUCGGUCGUGUUGAUCAGUUUUGUCUGAUGCGUGGAAAAAAAAAAUGCAAUGAAAAGCUGUGGGUAGUUUCUGGUAUAAAAGUCUGACUUUCUGACAGCUUAGAGCAAGUUGAAUAUUGGCAUUUGAACCGUUCAGAUCAAAAUUUCCAAAAUGAAGACGUCUUUGUAUUUGCUGGCAUGUUGGGUUGUUGCUCUAUGGGUCAGUAUGGCCAUCGCUGCUCCCCAUGUGGCCUCUCAUCAACACAAAUCUCGCUCCACAUUUGAUCCAUAUCUCAAGGCAAUAUUUGAUACCAUUGAGAAAUACAACGAAACAAUCUAUAACGCAAAACUGACGAAUAACGAUGCAGACGUGGAGUUUGUGGAAAGUGCCCGUGAUUUUGCUCAAGGACCUGGUCGAUGUGGGGAUAAGUUCUUUUGUGCGGUAUAUGGCAUCCUUUACAAGCACCGUAAUUCUACACAAUACAGUGAACACAAGACUCUUAUGAAAAACCUGGAAAAUUUCCUUAAACACCAAGACGUUAAUUGCUCUAAGGUUAUGAAGAAUCCACUAAAUGCUACUGUGUGGGUGAAGAUGCCUGAGUUUCUGUCCGAUAUUAAAACAUGUGUGAACUGCCGCAUUCUAAACGCUACCUCAACAAGCUGUUAAGAACAUUAGCAGCCAGCCGCAUAAGCAAUGUUUACUUUUGUGUGUUGUUUUUUAAUAGCUCCUUAUUUAUUCUAACUAUUUAACUUGACUUUAAUUAUUCCACUUGAAUUAUUAUUUUUUUUUAUUUUAAUUCUGGCUGAAGAUAAUAAAUAUGUUUGCAUGCAGAA